ACUAAUGAAACCAAUUUUAAGAGCUGUUUGCCAAAAGGAUUUAAUCCCUUUGGUUUCUGGCCAACUUCCCCGUCAGCUCCCCCGGCACCUAAGUCGCCAGAAACUGUAACGGCUGAGAGUACGAUUGUGUACUAUACCCCAUGGAAUUCAACGCAGACUCAACAGUUGAAAGAUAAGUACGAAAAAACGUUGACGCCAAAACUUGAACCCCUCGGUAAUGUGAAGAAUGUACAUGCGAAGGACGAGGAUAGUCAUUUUGCGCUUGUAUACACCAUUACUCACACCGAUUGCAGCAAGGUGAAAUCUACUUUGAAAAAGUAUAAAGACGAAAACUCGCCCACCGUUUGGAAGACAUCUACGAAGUGUUCUUGA